AUGAGCGAACGACGCUCGUCAGUAUACUCGAGCAGCAGCAGCAAUGCGUCUAGUCCUCGUGAAGGAGGUUCUGGGCCAUUUGGGCUGUAUAACUCUGCCAACGACUCAUCAAUUGACAACAGUUCGGCUGCGCUGACGACGUCAGACUCCAACGCGAACCUAUUCAAAUUGCGGCACACCUCAAGCUUUGGUACAUUUACCAGUCUUCAGGAGCCUAUUGGGCCUGGUGAGCUACGCGAAGGUGAGAUUUCCAGCUCUGACGGUCGAAAGGGUGAGAAAAAGGCGCGGUCACAAAAGCACAACUUUGCUGUGAUUGGGGCCAAAAUCACAGAUGCGGCCAAUCAUGCCAAGAACAAAACGAAGGCCAAGGAAAGCAGCCCUGGGCAGUCUCUAUUAAAGUCAAAAAUGUUUCGCCAGUCUAAACCAGAUUUGAAAGCCUUGCGUAUGAAAACGGAUUUAGGCAUUUCGGUAUCUCGUUCCUCGAUGGAGAGGUCGCCCAUGACGAAAACGUCCAAGCAGCUUGACCGAAUUGCUGCUUUGAGUGGUUCGCCUGCUAAUACUGCGUUAGCCACUCCAGGAAAACAUCUUCACAACCACCACCACCAUAUCACAUUCAGAAAGACACACUCCCCAGCUUCUAUUUUGUCGUCCAGUGCCUCAAACUCCAAACUUGCGGACGAGGGUUCUCUUUAUUCAUUUCAUGGAACUUCAAGCACACUUAACUUUCAGCUAGAGCCAUUCAAGGGUCGUGACGACAGGGACCACUAUAUACCUACCUCUUGGGAGCUUAUUCUGGCACAGGCCCAGGCCAUUUUCACCAAUGACGUGCAGAGACGGAUUCCAAUUGAAGAUUUUAAUCUUCUUGUCUCUAUGCAUUUUAGCGCCCAUUUGCAAGCCCAAUACACAGCUCUGGAGUGGAUGGAUAAACUUCAAGAACUGUUACUCUAUGGAAUGAGAUGUCUUCCAUCGCUAUCGAAAUAUACAGGUGCAGAGAUGUUGACGCAAACCGCCGAUUCUUGGGAAAAGUUCUUCACCAAAUUGUUACCCCGUUUGGAAGCUGUUUUCUUACCCGUUCAGUUGGAGAUUGAGGGUAUCACUGAACUUAUUCGGAGCCCAGAUGCAGCUCAAGAAUAUUGGGAUCCUAUCAAUCGCAAGUACGGGCAAAUUUCCAUUCGGAAGUGCAUUCUUACUGCCUACCGUGACACUAUUAUCGUUCCUGUCAUCGACGUAUUAUCAACGGCAUUGCGAGAUAGUUGCAACUUCGAUUCUCUUUUGAGCGCAGAAACCUCAACCACUGCUUCAAGGAUCACUCAGUGUGUAAACACACUCGGAAGAAUUCGCAGCAACGAUGAACACCAGGUCAAGUUCGAAACUCUCAUGGACACCGUUCGACUGUCUUGGGUGGCAACCCCAAGAACUGCCAAGGACCGCCGGGGACUCGUUCUCUGA